AUGAAUCAUAUUACGAAGUUUUGGCCCCUUUCUGACAUUUAUCUGGACCGAAACAGUUCCAGUUUAGCGUUAAGCAGUAAACCAUUGUACCGGCUGGCAGUGGAAGCUCUCGCGAGAAAUUUCUCCAACAAUCCACGAUGUCCAAAGUACAGGGCAGCUGUUGCGGAGCUGCCGCUCGGCACACGGCUGGAUCUGUUAGCUGAAAUGUGUGACUACCCAAGUUUGGUGGAAGUUCAGUGGGAGAUACUUUCCGAUCCGCUUCUAGUCAGUGAUUUCAUCAAGUACCUGUCCGCUGAUCUGACGCCGCUCGUUCAAUGUCUGCAGUGGCUACAAAGUGUCAAAAAACCCGUACCGUUUCAGCUGUUUCGUCAGUACAAGAAGCUAAUCGAGGAAAAGAAAUGGAAGGAUGUUCCGGUCCGUUUCGAUUAUCGCUGUGGAUUACGAAUUGGAACCUUCCUGACAGAGACUGGAUGGACCAUGGAAGCGAUCGACAUACUACAACUUGCUCACCAACAUGCAAGAUGUGGUACGGCAGAGGAACUAACCGUAUUGCGACAGCUUAUGCGUGCUCAAACACUUACCGGGAAACUGAUCAACGCAAUGCAAACUUAUGAUCGAAUGAAAAUAUUGUUAAGUGGAAUAACUCAGCAAAUGGAAUCUUCCCAACAGCUACCCAACAAUCUAAACGAAGGGCAGAGUUUGCAAGAUCUGAAAGUCGCCGUAUUCCACUCAUUUUCGCUCUACCAUUUUGAGGAACAAAGUUUUGAUCUCAGCUAUGCGUACGGUAUGCAUUCGCUUACCUCAAUCAGUGAACGAUCACCCAGCCGACUAGUUAUUGAUGUCCUUCGGCAGCUUGUCCGGGCUUGCCUUGGCCGGCGGAUGCAUGCCAAAGCCGCAUUCAUUCUCAAACAUGCGAUCGGUUUAGUGGUGCAGCAUUGCGGGCGUUUCAGUCCCCUGUACGCUGAAACAUUGGAAGAUCUGGCCAUUCUGCUGCUCGUCUGCAAUCAUGUCAGCGAAAGUGUAGACGUGUACGAGGAAGCACAGCAAAUUUACAUGCAGCGGUACGGUUCGCGAAAUCUGAUGCUUUCGCUUGCCCAGGGCAAUCUAGCGUACGGAUUAUGUCUGCAAGCUUACGUUACUGGGCAUCGCGAUCGUGCGCUGCAGCAUGUUGAAAAGUCUAUCGGCAAUUAUAAACGCAUCUGGCCACCGGAACAUCGUAUGCUGGCGCAGGCAUUUCGAUUGCGUGCUACAAUGGAGUUGUUCAUAUACCCAACUAGAACCGAAGAGCAAAAUGGCUUGCUGCAAGACGAGUCAUUUAAUCAUCAGGAUAUUGAACCAUUGUCUGUUGGCGAGAUAACUGGGCGAAUUCGUCUUAUAACAGAAUGGGAGAAAAGAAAGGAUACAAAAUAA